AAACUCAAACUUACCAGUCGGUGAGAAUGUCAGUUUGUUGAAUUGAAUUGAAUCGUAAAUAAUUUCUAAAGUACCUAACUGAAAACGCUUGAGUAAAUUACGCCGAUUUUCAUCUUAACAGUGAUAAUUUUAAAAAAUAAUCAAUAUGAAUACCAGUUUACGAUAUGUUUUGUAUAUCUGCAUCGUCCUGAACGUAGUACCUUACGUUUUCAGUAUAAAAUGCUGGAAUUGCCGGUCGAGCAAUGAUCCAAAAUGCGCUGAUCCAUUCGACAACAGUACGGUGCCAAUGACAGAUUGCAAACAAGAAAAGGGAUUGUCUCAUUUACCAGGAGUCCGGCCUUCUAUGUGCCGCAAGAUCAGGCAAAAAGUGAACGGCGAAUGGCGCUAUUUCCGAGACUGUGCAUACCUGGGUGAGGUUGGAAUCCAAGGAGAUGAGAGAUUCUGUCUCAUGAGAACUGGUACCUAUAACAUUUUCAUUGAAUACUGUACAUGUAACAGUAAAGAUGGAUGUAAUUCUUCAUCAAUAUUUAGUCCGUUACCUUUAUUCUUUAUCGUUUUAACUACUGGUAUUCUGAAGAUGUUAUCUUAAUUUUCGUUACAUAUGUAUCUUUUAUGGCCAGUCUCGGUAACCUAUUUGAUCAGUAGAUUUGUCUACUGCAUACAAGGCAUGGGACACACACCUGUCUCUUACUGAAGUGACAAAGAAAUGCCAAAUGAUUUGAUCUUGGCAUAACCAUUUCGCUUAACUCGUUGAGUACCGUCAUUGUAGACACAAUUAUAGAACAAUAGGUUGCGGUCACCGGUGACUGCUUGGUGUU